AUUUUACUACGUACCCGAAUCCGUUAAAGAAGUUGAUAUUUAUUUAUUAGUUCUCUCCCAGAUCCCCAAAUAGCUCCAGGGUUGAUCGAUUCAAUUUGAAAAAGGAGAGAGGUAGGAAAGAAAGAAGAUCCAAUGGCGAAGAAUUCGUUCAAGCUCGAACACCCUCUCGAAAGGAGACAGGCUGAAGCUGGUCGUAUUAGGGAGAAAUAUCCUGAUAGAAUUCCCGUGAUAGUAGAGAAGGCUGAGAGGAGUGACAUCCCAGACAUUGACAAGAAGAAGUCAUAUUAAUAAUUUUCUUUUCUGUCUUGAGCUGAUUUAACUGUUGGUCAGUUUGUUUAUGUUGUUCGGAAGAGGAUCAAACUCAGUGCUGAGAAGGCCAUCUUCAUUUUCGUCAAGAACACACUCCCACCAACAGCUGCGAUGAUGUCUGCGAUCUAUGAGGAAAACAAGGAUGAAGAUGGCUUUCUUUACAUGACCUACAGUGGAGAGAACACAUUUGGAUCCUUCUAACGGUUAUGAAGGAUUUAAUCCUUCUAUAUAUCUGUAUAUAAAAACUUAAUAAUGUGUAUAACCCCCUCUCCUCUUGCAUACUCUAUUCGAUUUCUCUAUAUAUGAAUUUCAAGAUUAUGGAUAUCUGGAAGAAUGUUAUAGUUAUGAGUAUUUGCCAUAUCCUCAUUGUUGACCCUUGUGCUUUUUAGUGCGCAUAUGCAUUGAUAAGUUUAUUA